CAAGCCCCUGACGCAUCCCGUCCUCGGUUUUCCCCGGAGAAUUCAUUCCCGAGCAGAGAGGGACAAGGACCGAGGGGAGGGAGCUGGGUCAGGUCCCGCCCUUCCUUGGCAACCCCCCUACCCCGGCGUUGUGGGCCGCGCAGGGCCAAGUCCUUCCUCCCAGGACGCUCGGUGAAGGUGGGGGGCAGGGGCCACGUCACUGUCCUUAGGCCCUGGAGAGCGCGGCUCCGCCCCUCCCGCCCCCACCGGAGCGCUGGGCACUUAGCUAAGACGCACCGGCCCCAGCCCAGGGCCAGCCCAGUCGCCGCCGCCCGCCCACAAAGCCACAGGCAGGUGCAGGCGCAGCCGCGGCGAGAGCGUGUGGAGCCGAGCCGUUAGCGCGCGCCGUCGGUGAGUCAGUGCGUCCGUCCGUCCGUCCGUCCGUCGGGGCGCCGCAGCUCCCGCCAGGCCCAGCGGCCCCGGCCCCUCGUCUCCCCGCACCCGGAGCCACCCGGUGGAGUGGGCCUUGCCGCGGCAGCCAUGUCCAUGGGCCUGGAGAUCACGGGCACCGCGCUGGCCGUGCUGGGCUGGCUGGGCACCAUCGUGUGCUGCGCGCUGCCCAUGUGGCGCGUGUCGGCCUUCAUCGGCAGCAACAUCAUCACGUCGCAGAACAUCUGGGAGGGCCUGUGGAUGAACUGCGUGGUGCAGAGCACCGGCCAGAUGCAGUGCAAGGUGUACGACUCGCUGCUGGCACUGCCGCAGGACCUGCAGGCGGCCCGCGCCCUCAUCGUGGUGGCCAUCCUGCUGGCCGCCUUCGGGCUGCUAGUGGCGCUGGUGGGCGCCCAGUGCACCAACUGCGUGCAGGACGACACGGCCAAGGCCAAGAUCACCAUCGUGGCGGGCGUGCUGUUCCUUCUCGCCGCCCUGCUCACCCUCGUGCCGGUGUCCUGGUCGGCCAACACCAUUAUCCGGGACUUCUACAACCCCGUGGUGCCCGAGGCGCAGAAGCGCGAGAUGGGCGCGGGCCUGUACGUGGGCUGGGCGGCCGCGGCGCUGCAGCUGCUGGGGGGCGCGCUGCUCUGCUGCUCGUGUCCCCCACGCGAGAAGAAGUACACGGCCACCAAGGUCGUCUACUCCGCGCCGCGCUCCACCGGCCCGGGAGCCAGCCUGGGCACAGGCUACGACCGCAAGGACUACGUCUAAGGGACAGACGCAGGGAGACACCACCACCACCACCACCACCACCACCACCACCACCACCACCACCACCACCGCGAGCUGGAGCGCGCACCAGGCCAUCCAGCGUGCAGCCUUGCCUCGGAGGCCAGCCCACCCCCAGACGCCAGGAAGCCCCCGCGCUGGACUGGGGCAGCUUCCCCAGCAGCCACCGCUUUGCCGGCCGGGCAGUCGACUUCGGGGCCCAGGGACCAACCUGCAUGGACUGUGAAACCUCACCCUUCUGGAGCACGGGGCCUGGGUGCCCGCCAAUACUUGACCACCCCAUCGAGCCCCAUCGGGCCGCUGCCCCCAUGCUCGCGCUGGGCAGGGACCGGCAGCCCUGGAAGGGGCACUUGAUAUUUUUCAAUAAAAGCCUUUCGUUUUGCA